UGGGAAUAUAUAAAUGAAGCACCAAUAACUGAUGGUGUAAAGUAUGAUAUUGAAAGUGAAUACGUUUUUAGCCCAGAAUACACACAACCACUGUCCACAGACAGAUCGACAUUAAUUAACACAGAUAAUUUUACGACAAAAUUGAUAAAGAUGCGUGAUCAGAAAGAUAAUACCAGAAAUAAGACAUACAACGUAAAUUUAUUGAACGUAACGUCUCCCCGUCGAACCACGUAUAAAUCUAAACCAGAGUACAGAAAACAAGAAACAAAUUACGAUCCAAAAUUUGAACCUUUUUAUAUGCGCAAGACUACAACGAUGUUGACGUCAAGCGUGAUGACAACAACAAGCAAUACCAUCGUAUUAAAUAGCACAAAGGUAAAAAAUACUAUGGUCAGAAAACUUAAAGGCAAAGCAAGCAAAAAAAUCACUGUUACGACUACAGAUGAAACGACAGAUGAAACGACAGAUGAAACGACAGAUGAAACGACGGAUGUGACGCCAACAAAUGUGUAUAUAUUUGCCGACGAUGAAGUGCAAAUAUCGAAUUUAUCAGCUAUCGCAGAACUGCGACAAGCACUCCAUGAUACAUAUCGUUUUAAUUUUGUAACUAUGAUGCGAGGUACAAAUGAAGUUGACCUGCGAAGUCUCAAUAAUAAUUACAUACCAGCACUACUGCUUUUGGGCAUGAUUUUUUGCUUUUGUCUCGUUGGUAUUAAUUUAUGUAAUUGGUACUUCUGUGGAUUCCGUUCACGCAAUAAAAGACUGCGCGUCCGUAAACUUCCCAACGUAGCAAUACGUAAGCUUAUUAUGAACAUAUUUGCGGGUCUAUGUGUCGUUUGCGCAUUUUUGGAACUGAUUACAAAUCUAAUUAUGUCGACGUAUAUAUACUCAUACGGUACAUCAGUUACAACUUUUUUAGCAAACUACGGUAACAUUGUAAAUCGUGAGGCCACAGAAUUGAUUAAUAAAUUAAAAAACAGGGCAUUUGUUUUAUCCGAAGUAAUAAUUUCACUAUUAGCAACAAAUUCAACAACACCGCAAUAUUAUUCAAACGGAACAAAUCAAUCAGGAGACCCAAAUUUAAUGAAAAUUAUACAGCAGAAACAAGACGAUCUAAUAACAUUGAAAGAUGCUAUAAUACAGCUUGCAGAUUAUCAAAUUAAUUUGAAUAACAACACAAAUCUGCAGACAUUCCUAGUAGAAACCCAGAAGUUUACACGGGAUUUUUUAAAGAGCAUGGUUGAUGUGACGCACAAAGAAGUGCUCGCCUGGGCUUUACCCGCUGUGUUGUCAAUUAUGCUGAUACGUAUCAUGGAUGAAUACACACGGUUUCGUAUACGAUUGCUUAACGUUGUUCGUAUACCAAUGUUACUGACAAUGAUUUUGGUUGCAUUGAUAACAACAUACAAGGCGAUAAUGGCUAUGAUAAUCGCCGAUAUUGCUGAUGAUGUUGGACGUAGUUUAGGAAAUAUUAGAAUGAAAUUCCCCAAUAGAUUUGGAAAUGUUUCUCCUGAGACCAUAUAUUACUACGCAACAUGUCCUGAUACAAAUGAUAAAUAUUCUUUGCAUCCAGAAAAAGGAGAGUUGUAUAAAACUUUUAAUAAAGUACUAAAUAUAAGUGUCGGGGACCUGGAUAACGAUAAUAUAAGUGUUCGAAUAUACGAAUAUCAACAGUAUAUAUGUAGCACUUUGUGGGUAGACAGGUUCAAAGAAGACUUCUGUAAUGUUUGUAUACGGUACCUAUCUCUUCAAGUUUUGAUCGGAAUAGCAACCACAUUUCUUAUCACUUUUACCUUAGUGGCGCUGUAUUGUUUGAGGUAUCACCAUCAAAGGUAGCACCCCCUGGACAUCAUCAACGCCCCUCAAUUUCUU